CUACAGUUCGGCUUAUUACUCUAAAUAAAAUUUCCCGCGUUUAACUUUUAACCUUAACUAAACAAUAACUUAAAGUUUGAACAAAUUUAAACAUUAAAUGGAGGGACAAACAACUCUAAAUCAGUAUUUCACAGCUCGAAAAAAUGAUAUUUCGAUGCAGCCAUCAAAGAGGAGAAAGUUAGAUCUUACUACGAUAAUUGAGCCAAAUAAUCGAAACCGUCGAACUUGUUUCAAAAAUAAAGCUCAAUUGGAAGUAUUAGAUUUGUUCAAAGACUCAUCUAAAAGUGUUCAAAAGAUUGAAGAAGCAAAAUCAAUUGAUGAUCGCUACUCUCCUAAAAUUCAAGUUGAAGUAAGUUUAAAAAGAAAAUCCACAGCAGAAAACUUAGAAAUACUUAAUCAAGAACUAAUUUCUAAAUCAAUCAGCAAUAAUAAUGAUAACCUACCAAGUUGUAAUAAAAAUGAAGUCAAAUGUCAAUCCAAAGAUUUAAAUAUUUUGAGAACCAACUUUACUAGAAGAAAGUUAAAAACAGUUUCUGCUAUAAAUGAACAAGCAAAAAUGACUUUAUUUAGUAGAGGAUCUAAAUUAGUAAAUGCUGGGUUAGUAAAGUCAUGUGGUAAACCAUACAACGAUAAAAAAGUAUCUAACUCACAAAAAAUUGAUUUAACGACAAUACCAUUAUUAAAUGAAAAAGAAGAAUUAAAAUCACAACAAAACCAAAACUUUUCUCAAUUGUCGCAAAAAAAUUUUAAUGUCGAGAAAGUAGCUGAUAUUUCAAAACAAUGUAACUUAACACAAUUUUCUGGCAUAAUUGAAACUGAUUCUGCUAUAACCCCUAUAAAUAAAAAAGUAGAACCUAAAUCAGGACUUCGUAAUAAGUAUGCCCAUUUAUUGCAAAUAGACAUGUGCAUAGAUGAAAAAGCUAUGGCAGACAAAAAGAUGGAUACCAAUUUAUGUGUGAAUGAUGCAGAAGAAAAGUAUAUAAAACCUAAUCAACCAGCUUACUUAAAGUAUAAACAUCUUCUCCACAAGAGCGUGUCAGAAUCAUUAAAUCUUCCUAAUAAAUAUAAAGUUAUACUUGAAAUGAUACGCUGUGUAGAUUCAAUACUGUAUCUUUUGAAUCAAAGAAAAGAAGUCUGUACAUUUGAUAGGCUUAAACAGUCUGUCCAAUCAAUGAAUGGAAGGGAUUUUAACUUGAAACAUUUAGCAUCAAUAAAAACUGUCUAUCCAACUGGAUAUGUCUUUCGUCAAGAGAUUCUUCAAAAAAUCAGUCCUGUUGAUUAUCAUUUGACAAUUGAAGCAAAUUUUAAAGAUGUAACAUCUUCUAAUAUUAUUACUCCUUCAGUACUGAUUACAAGGCGUUUGAAAGUUGAAAAUAUUCUUGUAAAUAUAACUAAAAUGCAUCAUCAGAAGUUUUUACAACAGUUAAACAUAAAUGUGGAUAAUAAUGAUGUUCAAAGAUGGCAUCCUGACUUCAAACUAAAUUCUGUUCCUGAUAUUGAAUUAUCAUUAUUGCCUAGUGCACCUGUUCUUAAAUGCUACUCAAGUGCAGCAGAUAUUUUAUUACAAAACAAGAAAGAUUUGUCUUGCAAGGUUGAAAAAGCUCUUGAAAGUGUGGUGAGAAAAUCUUUGUCAAAAGAGGAAAAAAAUGAUGUUGAAAAUCUUUCUGUAGCUAAUACUCAAACUAAGUCAAGUAUCAAGAGUCUAAAGGGUGUUUCGAAUGAACUUUUAGAACGAAUUAAACUUAAAGAGCAGAAGAAAAUAGAACAGGCUUUGACCUGUGAUCCUGCGGUUAUAAAACGCAUGGCUCUUAUGGAAAAGUUGCCUGAAAUGGCUCGUAUACUCAAAACUUUUUUUACAGCUGAGAAAAAAGCUGCAAUCACUCUUGAAGAUUGUUUAUUAAAGCUAUGCGAGAGUUAUGCAACAGCUAUACCACCGAGCGAAUGUGAAGAUCUACUACGAUUAUUAGCAGAACUUGUUCCGUCUUGGGUUACUAUUGUUUCAGUGCGCAAGUGUCCCUACAUAAAACUUGCGCGCGAUGUUGAUCUCAAUAAUGUCAUGAAUGUGCUAUUAACUGCAAAAAAAAAUCAAGAUUUUAAAACCGUAUAAUUUUUAACAUUUUAUAUUUUAGAACUGUAUAUGAUUAAUUUAUUAAUCAAGAACUUAAAUUAUUAAAGGUUGUAAACAAAUAUUUAUUAAUAUUUUUAUUCUAAUAAA